AUGGCGAAUGACGGCCUAGAUCCAUCCAUAUACCAAGGCGGAUCGUCCUACAGCGGGAAUGUCACCGUGCAUGGAGGACCCUUCCACCAAGGCAAUAUCGUCAACAUCCAGCAGACGGCCAACCGAUGCCUCAUCGACCUCCGCGUCACCGACCCGCGCCAUGACAAGAAGCGCGUCCAGGACACCAAGGGCAGCCUGCUCGCGGACUCGUACGUCUGGAUGCUCGGCAACCCUGACUUCCGCCAAUGGCGCGACCACGAGGACCAGCGGCUGCUCUGGGUCAAGGGCGACCCGGGAAAGGGCAAGACCAUGCUCCUGUGUGGCAUUGUCGAUCAUCUCGAAACGAGGCUCGCCCAAGGAAGCCGCCUAGCGUACUUCUUCUGCCAAGCUACCGACGAGCGCAUCAACAAUGCGACGGCCGUGCUGCGCGGCUUGAUAUACAUGCUACUCGACCAAGACGCCUCCCUCGUAUCGCAUAUGAAGAAGAAGUACGAUGUUGCUGGCGAGGGGCUGUUCCAGGGCGAUAAUGCUUGGUAUGCGUUAUCCAAGAUAUUCACGAAUAUGCUCCGCGACCCGAAGCUGCACGUCGUCUGCCUCGUUGUCGACGCACUGGACGAGUGUAUAGGUGGCCUACCGCAGCUGCUCGAGUUGAUUGUCGAGACCUCGCAAGCAACUUGCGCUAAGUGGCUCGUCUCAAGCCGCAACUGGCCGCAGAUUGAAGAAGAGCUGUUUAACGUGGCGCACAGGCUAUCACUCAAAGUCAAUGCGAAGCCGAGCUAUCGAGACAACACCGCCGACGAAGUACGCCAGUACUUGUCGUCAAACGCUGACGGCACUUUUCUCUGGGUCGCCUUGGUCUGCCAGGAACUUGCGAAGACACGCCAAGGGAAUGCUUUACAGAAAGUCAAGUCUUUCCCGUCGGGUCUCGAUUCCCUCUAUCGACGGAUGAUAGAUCAAAUCCACAAAUCGGAAGACGCCGAGCUUUGCACGCAGGUGCUUGCUCUCGUAGCAACGACCUAUCGCCCACCCUCACUUGCCGAGUCCACCACGUUCAUCAAAGAAGACGGCAGCACGGUAGGAGAUGCCGAGUCGCUAAAGGAGAUUGUCAGUCUCUGUGGCUCGUUCCUUACUAUUCGCGAGGACAUAGUCUACUUCGUCCACCAGUCGGCAAAGGACUUCUUAACGAAAGAGAAAACGGUCAUCCUUUCCCCCGAACAGCAAGUAGCCGUCCAUGGCCAAAUCUUCUCCAGGUCGAUCGAGGCCGUAUCCCAGACACUGAAACGUGACAUAUACGGACUGCACGACCCGGGCUUCCCUAUUGAGGAUGUCCCUCGACGGAGACCUGACCCAGACCCACUGGCGGUGAUAGGAUACUCCUGUGUCUACUGGGUCAACCACUUGAUUGAUGCUAGCAAGGCUCCGGGUAGGGACGACAGCGUACAAGAGUACGGGGCGGCAGACAGGUUCCUGCGGGGAAAGGGUCUCUACUGGAUCGAGUCGUUGAGUCUACUCCGGAGCAUGUCGGAAGGGAUGCUCGCAUUAGAGAGGCUAAUACGGCAUUUGCAGGGGCGGUCGGGGGCGUCUGGACUUCAGGCGCUCGUAAAAGACGCCUACCGUCUGUUACAAACCUUCAGGCCGGCAAUUGAGAGCCGGCCGCUUCAAGCGUACACCUCACCAUUCGUGUUCAGUUCAACGCAGAGCUUAAUGCGAGGUCUAUUCGUGCACGAGGCACCACGAUGGGUCAAGUGCAAAACAGAGUUAGCGGAACAAUGGAGCGCGUGCGAAGCGAUCCUCGAGGGCCAUACCUCUCCCGUCUUCUUGGCGGCCUUCUCGGCCGACGGGCGGCGCGUCGUCUCGGCGUCUGACGACGAGACCGUCCGGCUCUGGGAUGCGGCCUCGGGCGCGUGCCUUUCUUCAUAUGAGGUCGGCUACACCUCCACCGUUUCGUUCGAUCUGACCGGCACCCUGAUCCAUACCGACGCGGGCGACAUUUGCAUAGAGGAGUCGAUUUCCUUGGAUAUCGAUACGCAUCCCCAAAAGCCUGCGCAACAGGGAGAUUACGUUCUUAGUCCCGAUCGGGCUUGGAUUUUACAGCAUUCCAAGGAGGUCCUCUGGCUCCCUCCCGAGUACCGGCCAACUGAGUCUGCCGUGUUUACAACAGAGCGAGGCACGAACCUUGUUCUCGGUUGCUCGUCCGGUCGGGUCUACUUCUUUCAUUUGUCACGUUUCUAA